UCUGAUAUAUGCAGACAAAUAAUAUAUAUCAAACAUACUGUUUUCAACUUACCAAUCUCCAGAAGUACAAGACUUCAAAUAAUUUGUUGAUAAAUUUCCCAGUCUAAGGCAAUUUGUUGUAGAUCAGGAUGAGAUUUGACAUUUGAAAACUGUCUGCCUCCCAUGCCUACAGCUUUUGCUGUCUGUAGGAUUCUAGGCUGACCUUCUUUCUUGAUCAUCCUGUAGAUGGCUGCCCUCUGUCUCCUGGAGUUCUCUGUCUCUGGUGAGAAAUCUAAUAAGAGGUUUUGGGUAGGCUAUAACAAAACUCCAUUCAUCACAGUCCCACAUACUUUAGAAACUUGUCCUAGGGUAUUUGAGAAAGGGUAUUUUGUGACAGACGGACAAUGACAGGGGCAUACUUUGGACACCAAGUAUAGCCAAAGGAAUGACUACUUGAACAUUGAUGUGUAACAGCCAGUUGUUAGCACAGUAUUUUUGGUGCUAUUGACAAAGGACAUUGGAGCAUCCUCUAGGUUCCCUUGCUUACUGGUAAAUAUUAGAGUCUAUACCCAGUGAAGCUUAAAGCUUUGGGGCCUGUAUUAUCAUUAUCCAUAUUGCUGUUUCUAUAUCCUCUAAAGUGGAGGCAGUCUUUGCUGUGGUCUGCAUUUAAAAAAAAUUGCCUAUAAAAUUGUGUCUGAUCACGUGAUAUCUAGCUGGUGAUACUGUCAUGGGAAGCUUUUAGGAGAUGGGCCCUUGGUCUAGGAAGCAGUGUUAUGACCUGGCAUUGGACAUGGAUUGACCAGCAGUACAGGAUGAACAGCCACAUGUUAGCACUGUAUACCAUGCUUUCCGUGUUCCCUAACGUGUGAGCCAAAAUGAGCCAUUACAUUGCUCCUGGUUAGGCACUUGGUAGCAGUAACUGCAGAGUAGCUAAUACAGUCCUCUGAGGCAGGAGAAUGCCCAUCCCUCAUUGGUCCAUGUCUUGCUCUGACCUCACAAAGAACCAUUGUGACAGAUGGCAGCCACCUGCCUAUAUAAUGCACUGCCCAAGGCUGGUUGCUGUCCUUCUAGUGCAGAGAGCGGGUUGGUGGUGAUUUGUGAAACUUGGACUUUGGUAAAAAUUUUGGACUCGGAUACUGGUGAACGUUUUGGACUCGGAUUCUGGCAAAGGUUUGGACUCGGAUACUGGUGAACGUUUUGGACUCGGAUUCUGGCAAAGGUUUGGACUCGGAUACUGGUGAAGGUUUUGGAUUCGGAUUCUGGCAAAGGUUUGGACUCGGAUACUGGUGAACAUUUUGGGCUUGGAUUCUGGCAACGGUUUGGACUCGGAUACUGCUGAACGUUUUUGACUCGGAUUCUGGCAAAGGUUUGGACUCGGAUACUGGUGAAUUUUGGACUCGGAUUCUGGUUACAUUUGGAUUUCCCAGUUGGUGUGGACAAUCGACGAAGAUGAAGAGGUGGCAAGUGUGUCAGGACCUCAGGUCCAGCCCCUUUCAGGAAGAUGCCUUAACAGAUCAUUACAGAAUACUAGCAAGCCUUGGCCAGGGAGGAUUUGGGGAGGUCAAACUAGCUUCCCAUCUCCUCACCCAGACAAAGGUAGCUAUAAAAGUUCUCCCCAAAAGCAAUAAAAACCUCCUGCUCAAAUCCGAAAUUGAAAUCAUGAAAUCCCUCGAUCACCCCCAUAUCAUUAAACUUUUACACAUAAUUGACACCAACGAAAACAUUUUCAUCGUCCUGGAGCACGCGGUGGGAGGAGAGCUGCUGACCAGAAUUGAGGACUUUGGAUACUUACCCGAGGAGGAGUGCAACAGACUGUUUAGACAGAUGGUUUUAGCACUCCAGUACUGUCACCAGAGAGGGAUCAUACAUAGGGAUAUAAAACCAGAAAACAUUUUAUUGGACCACAAAGGAAACGUAAAACUGAGUGAUUUUGGAUUGAGCACCAAGAUAGUCAUGGGUCAGAAGUUAACAACAUUGUGUGGGACCCUCCCUUACUGUGCUCCAGAACUGUUUAAUCUUAAUGGAUAUGAUGGCCAGGCAAUCGACGUCUGGAGCUUGGGAGUUGUUCUCUACUAUAUGGCUACAGGGUGUCUCCCUUUCCAGGGAUUUACCUAUCAAGCAAUAAAGCAGAAAAUCUUGUCAGGAAGGUACUCAGUGAACUUCCGGUUGUCACCAGACCUCUGGGAUGUGAUAGCCAAAUUGCUAACUGUCAACCCUAGAGAAAGGCCAAGAGUCCAUGAAAUUUUAAGAUUUAACUGGCUUAAGAAUGAGAAUGAAGUUUCUCCCAGUUCAUUAGGAGGAAACACUGACAGCCACCCUGACCCCACUAUACUGGUCAUGAUGGGCGACAUGGGGUACGAGCAAGGUCAAAUAAGGGAAAGCUUGAGGGAGCGAAAGUUUGACCAGGUGAUGGCUACUUACUUAAUGCUCAGGGAGAAGGCAUGCUCAGAAGACAAAUCCAUCAAAACACCUCAUCCCACGCAGUGUGCUCAAACUUUGAAAAGCACAGGGUCAACCACGGAAAAGCAGACAACUCUGAGGAGGGGAUCUAGUCUGCCUACCCUUACAACCUUCUAUUUACCCAGCAAAUUAGAAAGUCUUAACAAGGAAAAAAGAACUACAAUGAGGCACACUAUGCCACCUAACUUGAACUGCUUCAACAAAUCAGAAAGUCUUAACAAGGGAAGAAGAACUAUAGUGAGUCACACUAUUUCACCCACCUUGAACUGCUUCAACAAACCAGAAAGUCUUAACAAGGGAAAAAGAACUAUAGUGAGGCACACUAUGCCACCCAAGAAGACAAGUCCAGUUCGAAGAAUCUGCCCACGGCUUCACAAGUCUUUCGGCAUGGGGAGUGCCUCGGAAGAUAGCUCUAAAAGAAAUUCUUCAGAUCCAUCACUGACAAUCUUCUCCUCUCAAUCAUUCAUGAGUGCAUUCAAAUAUGGCUCUACCUAUUCAAAGAGGAAGGCGUUCUUACAGUGUAUCUUACAUUAUCAUGCCUCCCAGGAAGAAGACCAAUAUAAGACCACCAUCAUACCGAGUGGAAAGCUUAACACAACUGUUCCACCAAACUCCCUUCAGGAGGACCAGCCCACAGGACACCUCCAUAAUGUGCUUACAGCUGGAGCAGUGGACAACAGGAACUUACAAGAGAAAUCACCACCAUUCUCUACCACGGCGACCAAGGGUGAGGGUCCUGCUAUAAAAGAAAGAGAGUCCAUCCCAUCCUCCCCACGUGCUCCUCGGGAACAAUUCCGUGGCAGGAGUCAGACUCCACCCAGGGCCCCCUUUAGAAGGCGUGUCUGGAAGACCUUGAAGAGUGGCUUUCUAAAAGGACUGGGGAGUUUAUGUUGCUGUCUACCGAUCCAAAAGAAGGUACACCCCGCCAGCAACAGAGUCCCACCUAUGAAGUAAAAGGAGCCAUGGAGGCAGUCGUGGUAACAGAGCACUUGGAGGCACAGAGCUCCCUGCAAGAUACCAGAGCACGAAGAUCAAUUUGCUGAGCGCACAGACAGGCACAGAAGAGAGCCAGGAAGUUCCCAUGGUUGGGUGAAAGUCAGAAUUCAUCUACAUCACAGUCUGAAACUAAUGGACAACUCUUUCUGUCUGCUGAUUAAUAGUUGGUUUUCAUGAUGGCUGCUGGUUCCCUAAUUGUGCCUGCCAACUGAGGUGCUUCAUAGGACUUAGAAAUGCUGAAAACAAAGUUACCAUGGCAUGCAUGUCAUCAUCAAGAACACAAGCCUUACAGGACUUUCCAGGCAUGGUGAGAUCAUCAGCUGCCGGUCUCCAGAUGGACCUGUGAGACCUUAGAAGAAACAAUGGGCAGUGGAAGCAGUGAAGGACCUCAGAGUGCCUGACCUGUAUGUGCAACAUAACUGUUGCUGACCAGAUUGGAGCCAGAAACAGAGCGAAGAUGGUGCACGGAUGGUCCAUCUAGCGCUCAUAAUGGAAGGAAGAGUUUACACUAACAGGAAAAAUGUGAUGUCGAACACGCCACUAUGCACACUAUGGCAGGGCAUCUCAGAUCAGGCACGGUGAAGCCCACCAUGUGUGUUUGAGUGGAGACAAGGGCAAGUCUGGAACAUUGGAUACUUGAAGUCUGAGCGGGAGCUGCUUCCGAGCAUGACCAUGGAUAAGCACGUGGGGAUGGAGAAACAACUAAGGCCCUCUGGUCUGAUGACAGGGGACUUCCUUUGCAGGGCUUAUGGUCUCCUGCCACCCCCCUCACCUGAGGAAACUCAGGGAAUUAAAUGGUCAGAUCUGUACUCCUCCUUACUCCCAUACUCACCUAUGCCCUGCCUUUCUUAUUUUCAACAGCAUCGAAUAAGAUCAAAGCUGUUUUCUCUCUGAUGCCCUGUAGGGAUGUUGCUGUCACUGCAUUUGUCUUCGGGCAUCAAGCCAAGUGCCUUUAUGGGGUGUUUGCCUUAUGACCCUGUGCUUCAGCUACCAAAGGACUCUUGAUCUCACACUCAACAAGGGACAGAGCCUGAGACCAGCUACAUCUGCAUGGUGCUUAGGGCAGCAGAUCCUCCUGAAGCCCUAUGCACUGGAUGGAAAGUCUCUUUGAUGUAAGAGGUCCCUGAUGAUGUGCAGAGAAGUAGCAAAAGAGAAGGAAGUCGCAUCGUCAGCCACCUGCACUGGAAGCGUCAUGGGAAGUAAACUGUGUCCUGCUCUCAGGAACACCCAGCAGUUUUCCCUGACUGUUUGUUGUGCAAGAAGAGUAGAUCAGUCGUGGUGGAGAACGUCCUCACUGGGAACAGUUCCUCUCUCCACCAGGAGUCAUGUGAUCCGUGUAAGCUAUCAGAGGACUCCUGGGAAGACACUCAACAAGGGACAGAGCCUGAGACCAGCUACAUCUUCGUGGUGCAGAGGGCAGGAGAAGUUCCUGGAGCUCUACACAGUGGAAGUCUCCUUCAUGGAAGAGGCCCCUGAGAUUAGCAGAAAAGUAGCACCAGAGACACAAGUCGCAUCAUCAGCCACCUGGAAAGGGAGCAACAUGAGAAGUAACAUGCGUUCUGAUCUCAGGAACACCCAGCAGUUUUCCCUGACCGUUUGUUGUGCAAGAAGAGUAGAUGAGUCAGUGUGGAGAACUUCCUCACUGGGAACAGUUCCUCUCUCCAACAGGAGUCAAGCAAUCAGUGUAAGGUGCAUCGCAAGUGCCCUCCAUCCACCAACUCCACUCCUGUGUAAAUGCGGCAAGGAGAGUCAGUUGGUGUCACUGGUAACUCAGUCACCUAGGCACUGACACCACUUCCCCAGAAAAAAGUCUCAAUGCAAGGUCAAGACAGCAGAAGUAUAUGACGACAGAUAUUGUACAGGGGGAGGGGAAAACCCAUUUAUUGGGUCCAUUCUAAAGCAGUGGUAUCAACCAAUACCUACAGAAAUGAACCAUGAAGUCGGCCCAUAAUAAAAACGGUCCUCUGUA